UCGCUGGCAACCUCUAUAGUCGAGCAUCGGCAACCGGCGUAAGAGCAACCGAACGUUUGAGAUUAACUGUAUUUCACAGCAGCCCGCUAAUUAGAAAGAAAAAUACAAAAGGUGUUAAAUAUUUAUUCAAAAUGCGUCGUAUUUCUAUCGUUUUCUUAGCCUUACUGGCUUACUGCAGUGCUUACCCCGUAGAGGAAACACCAGACGUCGCUUUACAAGUGCCCGAGAGUGCGUCGCAAGUACCUGAAACUGCUGUUGCGGAUGAGACCGCGAACGCUGAGGUUGUGGUGUUGGAAGCUGAGAAAAAUGCAGCAGCACCGGAAUCUGAUACAGAGCCAUCAAAUGCCGAGCAACUGUUGGAAGUGGAUACUGGGGUACCAGCAAGCCCUGAAUUGGUAAGGGAGGCGCGUCAAUUCAUUGGCUUCGGCGGUUAUCCUGGCUACGGUGGUUAUGGACGAUAUCCCGGUUAUGGUGGAUUCGGCGGUUUUUCUGGCUACGGUGGUUAUGGCUAUGGACGCUAUCCCGGUUAUGGCGGCUACGGCGGUUUUGGACGUUUUCCAUAUGGAUACCUUGGUUAAGAUGUAUUGUAUGUGCGUUAGGACUGCGCUGCUUUAAGUGCCUCAUAUGUGAUAAAAGCUUUACAAUUGUGUGUGUCGAUAAAAAAAAAAAACAAAUAUUAUCAAACAAUUAAUUUAUUUAAAUUAUUUAAAAAUAA